AUGAAAAUUUUACAGAACUAAGAGGAGAAAUAGCAGGGCCUCCAGACACACCAUAUGAAGGAGGAAGAUAUCAAUUAGAAAUAAAAAUUCCAGAAACGUAUCCUUUUAAUCCCCCUAAGGUGCGGUUUAUCACCAAAAUUUGGCAUCCUAAUAUUAGCUCAGUCACCGGAGCUAUCUGUUUGGAUAUCCUAAAAGAUCAGUGGGCCGCAGCGAUGACUUUAAGAACAGUGUUGUUAUCCUUACAAGCCCUCUUGGCGGCUGCAGAACCUGACGACCCACAAGAUGCAGUUGUGGCAAAUCAGUACAAACAGAAUUCAGAAAUGUUUAAACAGACAGCUCGACUUUGGGCGCACGUGUAUGCUGGAGCACCACUUUCUAGUCCGGAAUAUACCAAGAAGAUAGAAAAUCUUUGUGCUAUGGGAUUUGAUAGG